AUGCGCUCCGUAUUAUUCUCGCUCCUGUCGCUCGCGACGUUUGCCGCCUCGGUCGCCAUAGAACCGCGUGCGCCUCUCAAGGGCGACACUAAGGCUGACGACGACUGGGAAGACGAGGUCGUGCCAGAUACCAUAUUCAAUGGCCAGACCGUGCCACCCAUGAAGGAGCUUGGUACAGAUGUAGACAAGGAGAUCAGCCAUGGAAACUGGCUUGUCGAAUAUUACUCGCCCUCGUGCCCGCACUGCAUGCGCUUCAAGCCCACGUGGCAAACAUUGUACGAAUUCUACUACACGUCCAAGCCCAUCAUCACGUCGCAAGAGAGCGAUGAAGACGGCCUCAACUCCUUCACCCGAUGGUACGAUUUCAAGUUCGCAAAGGUCGACUGUCUGGCAUUCAGGGACACAUGCGGGGAACAUGACAUCCAGAACUACCCUUCCAUCGUACAGUACAAGGACGGGAAGGAGAUUGCGAAGAAGAUUGGCGAGCAGGAACUGUCAACAUUGAGCGGCUGGGUAGAAGGGGUUCUGGAGGCCAUAAAACCAGGCACGCGCAAGCAAGGUGGUCCGAAACUGCCAAAGGUUGGCGCAAACUCCGUCGAGACGGGGCCAGAGACUGAAGAUGAGAUCAAAGAGAACGAAAAGGCUGCUGGGGCCGCCAAAGAAUCCACUUCUGCAGCGCCCUCCAAGACCAAUGAGCCGGCUAAGGUGGCCAAACCCACGCCUGCGAAGCCGACUUCGACCCCGAACCCUUCUGGUGUCUCGCUGCCUCUCGACAAGGAGAAGUUUCAAGAGCUCGUCACAAGUACGACUGAUGGUUGGUUCAUCAAGUUCUACGCGCCUUGGUGCCAUCAUUGCCAGGCUAUGGCCCCGAAUUGGCAGCAGAUGGCCCGCGAGAUGCAAGGCAAACUCAACAUUGGAGAGGUAGACUGCGACGCAAACAACAGACUUUGCAAGGACGCCGGCGUCAAGGGAUACCCCACAGUUCUUUUCUUCCGUGGAAACGAGCGUACCGAGUACAAUGGCAUGCGCGGACUGGGUGAUUUCAUCGAUUAUGCAAAUAAGGCUGUUGCGGCGGGUGAGGGUGUUCGAGAUGUGGAUCUAGCCCAGUUCAAGGAGAUGGAGAAAACUGAAGAGGUCAUUUUCGUGUACUUUUACGAUCACGCCACCACUACGGAAGAUUUCCAGGCACUUGAUCGGCUCACUCUCAGCUUGGUCGGUAAGGCAAAGCUUGUCAAGACGAACGAUAAGGCUCUGUUCGAGCGUUUCAAGAUUUCCACCUGGCCGCGCAUGAUGGUGUCUAGGGAUGGGAAGCCGACCUACUACGGCCCUCGCACGCCCAAGGAGAUGCGUGAUACGCAGAAGAUGCUGUCCUGGAUAAAGUCCGUCUGGAUCCCGAUUGUCCCAGAGCUCAAGGGUGAGAACGCUCGUGAGAUCAUGGACGGAAAGAUGGUUGUGCUUGCAAUACUCGACCGAGAGAACAAGGCUGAGUUCGAGGUUGCUAAGCGUGAGCUCAAGAAUGCCGCUCUUGAGUGGAUCGACAAGGAGGACCAAAUGUUCCAGCUUGAACGCCAGGAGCUCCGAGAGGCUAAGGAAUUGCGCAUCGAAGAAGCUAAAGACAAGGGAGAUCAGCGAGCUCUCCGCGAUGCCAAGGGUACCGUCAUCGACAUGAAGGACAUUAAGCGCAAACAGGUCGGCUUCGCGUGGGUGGACGGCGUCUUCUGGGAGCGCUGGAUUCGCACGACCUUUGGCAUAGAUGUGAAAGAUGGCGAGCGGGUCAUCAUCAACGAUGAAGACAACAACCGUUACUGGGACGUCAACAUGAACGGCGAACUCAUCCGCCCCAGCCGCUCCUCCAUCCUAGACACAGUCAAAGAAGUAACCAAAAACCCGCCCUCCAUCAGCCCGAAAUCCACCUCCGGGACUUUCAUGUCCUUCUUCCACUCCAUCCGCAACUUCGGGUCCAACCAUCCCAUCUUUUUGCUCGGUCUCACCGUUGCCGGCAUCGCUGCCUCGUAUCUUGCCAAGAGGCGGCGGAGAACGGGGUCGUACUUCCAGCUCGGGGAGAAAGACGGGCUACCGGGUGGCCUGGGAAAAUACGACUAG